AUGGGCAUGAACAAUGAUUCUGGAGGUCUUGCGUUUUUCUUGGCACCUUUGGAGUUGGAGCAACCACAGGACGCUUAUGACGGAGGUCUCGGCUUGUUUAACUUGACAACUUUUACUGGACCAUUAUAUCAGAUGGUUGCUAUGGAAUUUGACAGUUUCAAGAAUUUAUGGGAUCCUGAUAACAACAAUGUGGGAAUCGACGUUAAUGACGUUUACUCAAAUUUUAGUGUUUCGCUCAGCUACUCCAGUUUAUUCAAUUGCUCUUGCGACCCACAUUUAACAAAUGGAGACACAUGGGAUGCCUGGGUGGAUUAUGACGGUGGAGAAAAGAGUCUGCAAGUCUUUCUCUUGUAUAAUUCCACCAACGCUAAUUUUUCUAAACCCAAAAACCCGCUGUUUUCCUAUCCUAUAGAUCCGCGCAGCUUUCUUCCAGAAAAUAUCCAAGUUGGUCUCUCUGCUGCCACUGAAUACUCCACAGUGACAUGCAUUGUGAACACUUCGGAAUUUUUCUUGUGA